AUGCUUCGCCGAAAGCCAACCGCCAUAGCAAUUACCACCGAAGACAUCGCCGCCUUCGAAGAGUCCCGACUCCGCAAACAGAAUGAGAACCGCGAGCCCGAACAGGCGCAGGGUUCCAGCGCUAAGACCCACGUCAAUCCGAGUGAUGAACUGAAGCCUCUACCGGGUGAUAAGGCGAGGAUUCUUCGUCGGGAAGAGAGGAUUGGACUUGGUCAUCGGGGUUGA